UCCCUUUUCAUGAUAGUUGCUUGAGCCAGUGAAGAACCGGCACGCUGCUUGCUUUAGCCUUUGGGAAGGAGCACUGCAGCAGAGAUCAAUUUUCAACCGGAGAUUCAACCUCUGAAUCGAAUAGGCGUUUUUAAUGCUUCAAAACUGAUCUUGUUGGUUUCAUCCAAAAUGGGUGAGCCAUGGGAAUGGCAAUGCGAUGAAGAUUUUCUCCAAAAGGAUUCCAAUCUUGAUGCCUCGGAUUAUCUAUGGGAUGAAAUAAACCAGAAUGAAGAAGAUUUGUCCUACAUGUUUGAUGAAGCAACUCCAAUCAAGGCUUGUGGGGAUUUUUCUUACCUUGCUACUGAAAGUGAAAAUAUGAACAAGGAAACAGAGGGAUGCAUAGAGCCUUUGCAAACAAAGAGGCGGAGAAUGCUACAAUUCAACACUCAAGUUAUAGAUCCUUGCCUUUGUAAUGAAGGUUUACCAUCUGCUUUUGUAAAAUCAAAGGAUAGGGAGAAUUCAAUUGAAGAAUCUUUACCUCAGACUUCAGAUUGGGUUUCAGAAUUUACAGGAGAUAGGUUUAUCUCCGGUAGUGAGGGCCUGGAUCAAUCAUCUGAGGGGUGGCUCACCAAUUGCUUUAAUGAUGCGGAAAUGCAUGUUAACUCUUAUGAUAUCGAUGUCUCUAGGGUGUUUGAUGAUCAAGUACAUAUUUCAGAGUUUUGCAACACACCUCCAGCGGUAGAAGCUAACGUGGUGCAAGAAUGCAUAACCCCAACUCCACGAAAUGCUUUUAAAGGUAGGAAAUUUUACAUGAGGACUCCCACAAAGCUUGCUUCUUCUGUUGCAUAUCCAUUUGCUCUAAUCAAACCCUGUGGGAUUCAUGGAGAUUUAACCCUUAAGGACAUAAACCAGAGGAUCAGAACACCACUACUGAAAUCAAAGCACAAAAAUGAUGAUGACUCUUCUGCUUCUUACCCCACUUCAGCUUUUUCUGGGAAGCCUGUAGUUGUUAAAACAAAAAUUCGCACUGAAGGAGGCAAAGGGAGCAUUACAAUCAUGAGAACCAAAGGCUGAAUGGAUAAGUUUUCUUUUAUUUCUACACACCUCUCUCUCUCUAAUGUUGAGAAGGAUAUUUUGUAUAAUUUGCAAGGCCAGUAUUGGGGUUGUUUUUGGGGGUUUAUUGAGUAAUAGUUUUUGUUGGAAUUCAUCCAACAAGCUGAAGUGUUUAUAUUCUCACUUAGGAGUGAUACAACAAUGAUGCUUUUGUAUGUGGUAACUUUGAUUAACAACUAGAUCAAGGAUCUUGAUGUCCUAGAGAUCCUUAUACUCAGUUUUGGUGUCAUCAUAUGACAAUUGUGCUCUCACCAUAUUUUGUAAUGUGAAAAGUAUGGUUACUUGGUUUUGGUGUCUUA